UGAGCGAGACAUCCGCCAUGGCUGCCGGACGAGUGACUGUUACUGCCGCGGUGGCGGCGGCCGCGGCGCUCGCGCUGCUCGCGGGCGGCGCGGACGCGGACUGCUUCGAGUACUGCUUCAAGAACUGCGUCGCCAAUGACAAGUCUAUGGCCGACUACUGCAAUUACGCCUGCGACAAGACGUGCGCUCCCGACGCGCUCCAGCGUCCCCUGGCCACCGUCGGCGGCCUCCCCAUACAUUGCCAGCUCGCCUGCGUUAGGAAGUCCUGCCACCGUCUCCCUACAGAUGGCGAGGGCAUGUUGGCCUGUUACUCGCGGUGCUACGCCGGCUGCAAGACCAAAUCCCUUCCGAGGUCUCUCCGCACCGGCGCCCAUCUGACAUCGGAACGGGACAAUCCGUUCCACAAGAAUCAGGACGCCAUCCUGCCGGCGUCGGUGCCUGACCACCCUUUCCACAAGAAUCAGGACGUCAUCCUGCCAGCGUCGGCGCCAGACCACCCUUUCCCCAAGAAUCAGGACGCCGUCCUGCCGGCAUCGGUGCCAGACCACCCAUUCCACGAGACGGCGUCAGAGCCCGAUCACCCCUUCCACAAAAAGCAGGAUGCUGUCCGGCCGGCGUCAGUGCCUGACCACCCCUUCCAGAAGAAGGUGGACGCCGUAUGGUCGGCGUCGGUGCCCGACCACCCCUUCCACAAGAAGCAGGAUGCCGCCCUGCAGAUAUCUGAGACGGACAAGGAGAAGCAGGACUCCGUCCGGCCGGCAUCGAAGCCAGACAGAGACGACGCCGUGCAGCCGGCGUCGGAGCCGGACCCUGACAAAGACGACGCCGUCCUCCCCUGAUCAUCGUCGGAGAGUGAUGCCACUCCGCCUCCUCCGUAACGUAUGUGUACGAGCGCACGGCGCACGACGCCAUAUAAGCUAGGGCACCGCAUGUAG